CGAGCUUCUCCAUCACUGUAGCACACGUUCGGCUCUUGCUGUUGCUCUUGACACUCCAUGAGCAGGUAGCCAGCUCUAUGGCCACCAUUCAAUCAAGGCCGUUCUCAAAAAACUACAGUGGUCUUGUCAAUCAGUCCGUCAUUGCGGUCGGCAUCUUCGUAGUAUGCAUCACUUCUCAUGAAUUGAUGAGGAGGAAGCGACGAGGCAAGCGCUAUCGCAAGGAAGAUGGUCUGGGUAGUGUUGAGACCUGGGAAUUUGGAUAUUUGUUCCAAGGUCGAUCAUGGGCAAGGAAUCCGUCGCCACCGUUACCUCUAGGUUGGCCUCUAGGCUGGGUGAAACAAGUCUUAACAUUUCCGGAGGACCGUUUUAAUGAGCUCAGGGGCGUAGAUGCUUCCGUUUACAUUCGUUUUCUGAAGGGAUGCUUUUGGUUUUCUAUGGCUCACACGCUUACGACACUCCCUAUCUUGCUUCCGAUUCAUGUCAGGUUCUCUGACGGAUCUGUUUCGCCCACAUCCAUGACCCGCGCUUCAAUAUCCAGUCUCGCCGCCACCCAGAAAGGUCUCUCGUUACUCUGGAUACACCUCCUUAUCCUCAUCUGGGUUACUGGCAGUUGGAUUUUCACCCUCUACUGGAUUUGUUUAGGUGCUUUCAAUUUUCGUUCUCAGAAAAUUCAAGAAGCCGCCGAUCGCGCCGCUUCUGACGCUGAAGAGACGAAGGAUGCACAGUAUCAUCCGCAUCCACACCCUCAAUAUCCAUUUCAGACCCUGCCACCUUUGGAUCCAGAUCAUACGAACCGUGGGCUCAGGAUGCGAACUGUCAUGGUAACGAACAUUCCGCCAGGUCUUCGCUCUGAGAAAGACCUGAAGGAGUACUUUGAGUACUACCUUUCUCGACCGAUCGCGAAGCCUUCUGUCGGCGUUACGUCCAGUACGCAACCAGGUUUCCUAAACAGGACAAUCGCCUUCCUCUUCAACCGCGCUAAACAGGUACCUUCUAAGCUUCAGCGCACAAUUACGUCUGGUCGUCUAGGCGAGCAGAAGCAGAGUAGCGAAGUGAGCCAUCAGGAAUGCAAACCCCAAACCGAGACGCCUGUCAUCGAUCGAGUUGUCCUGGUACGCAAGAUGUCUGACCUUUCUUCUCUGCUGGAACGUAGAGAAGAAGUCUUGCGUUUGUUGGAGACAGCGCAUAUCAAGCUUGCAAAAAAGACAUUGGCAGCUGUCAAGGAAGCUAUGGAGGCCAAACCUCGAAAUAGCUUCAUGCGAGCUGCUGCAUCCCGGAUGUCGUUCGCGCAGCGUAGAUCGCCAGCUUCGUCCGAAGAUGUCGAGCGUGGUUCGCAAACUAGUGAUGGUGUUCCUGAAGGUGAAGACCGUAUGCAGCUUCUGAUUCGUACUCUCGGACCAUAUGUUCCUGAAGACGACUCCCGACCGAAACGUCAUGGAAUAUCCUCCCUCUUUCGCUUUUGGCAGACGCCCGAUGUCGAGAUGUCCACUCCUUUCUCUUCAUCAUCAACGUCCUCAUCUGAAUCCGCUGUAUCCGAUGAGAAGACUAUUUGGGAUGCCUUACUCAGCCUUCCUCGGAGUACACUGGAUACGUAUCAGCCCCUCAUACACCUCUCUGCCCUCUUUCGAGGCAAGACUGUCCCAGCCAUCGAUUAUUAUACGGCCAAGUUGAAUCUUCUGACAUCGCUCAUCACGGAGAAGCGUGCCAAGGCCGUCGGCGAUUAUGUACCGAUGUCUACUGCCUUUGUGACUUUUGCCGUCCCAGCGGAUGCAAGAAGAGCUCGCAAAUACCUCGCAGUGCAUCCUAAUAAUCCGUUGGAUGCGUGUUUGGUAACAAUGGCACCCAGCUAUGAGGAUCUAGAUUGGAUUCGGUUGAUGAAAUCAACCUUCCGAGUUGAGUUCGUCAAGGAUUGGGUCGUCAACCUUGGUGUUUGGGCAUUCACUAUCUUCUGGGUGUUUCCGGUGUCUAUUUUCGUCGGUCUUGUCUCUAUUCAGAAUAUAUCCGCGUUCUGGCCUGGCCUCCGUCACUACUUGGACAACCACCAAUGGGAGGAAGAAUUACUUCAGUCUUUUCUUCCCACCCUCCUUGUGGCACUACUGGCGUUGCUUAUUCCGCUGAUCCUGCUGCUCAUUGCGAAGAAGGCGCAUACAAUUAGCACUCUCUCAGCUCUUCACGACAGGAUCAUGACACGCUACUACAAAUUCCUUAUCGUCAAUGUCUUAGUCUUUUUCUGUGUUGGCACUGUUGCUUUGCAGUCAUUCCUUCUGUCAUUCAAGGCAACGACAAGUCUCAAGUUGAUCGAGGUCGUAUCUGAUAGUUUCCCGACCGCAGGUCCGUUCUACGUCGGCUGGUUGAUUUUCAGUAUGGCUAUGCAUGGCGGUUUCGAAUUGACGUUAUUCGGACUGCCUCUCAUUUUAUAUCCAAGUACCAAGCGACAGAUAACACCUCGCAAACGAGCGGUUGGAAUCAGACCUCGUACAUUCAAUUACUAUUACUGGCUUCCGAAUCAUCUGCUUGUAAUUCACGUUUUACUGGUGUUCUCUGUCCUGAAUCCGUUGGUCAUUCCGUUUGGCUUCUUUUACUUCUGCGUGGAAACAACUGUCAUCAGAAAUCAGCUGCUGCAUGUAUAUGCCAGGAACUAUGAACUAAACGGAAGAUUCAUACUGAUUCGCUUGAUUCGAUACUCACUGGAUGGAUUAAUUCUUUCUCAGGUGGUGUUUCUAGCAUACAUGGUUGUUCUGAAGAAGACAGCAAACGUCGCUGUUUCCGCUAUACUCAUUUGUUUUACCGCAUUCGUGAAGAUGAUGCUGACCCGAAUUUGCCGAGCACGGUACGAACGCGACGACAUGCUGGAAGCAGACAUCGUUUGUGGCACGACCCCAGUUCAAGAUGAGACUUCGUUGGAUCCAGCUGAUUUGCUACAACCUAGUGAGGAGGAGAAUGAACGACGUCAUCGAACGUGGAAAGACACCCUCUCCGCCAGAGCUGAAUUCUGGACCAUGCGAUUAGCCCAAAAGAUCAACUUCGCAUACGCCACUAGCCCGGCUCGACCACAAAGAAACGACCGACGUCAACCCAAUCCAUUCGGGCCCAAAAGCUCAAUGGAUUCCUCAGCUCCUUUGAAGCAGUCUACCUCCACCGGCAUAAGUAAAUUAUCAUCAAAAGCAUCUCCAACUGUAGAGGAAUUGUCAUAUCCACAACUCGCUCGAUCUGAGACUAGUCAAGACCAACAGUACGCUUCUGUUCCGGAGAGGUCACGUACCGCAUUGGUGUCAAGGCAUCCGCCACACCCUGCUUGGGACGAUAACUCCUCUCCCGACCACGCGUACGAGAAUCCAUAUUACACGCGGGAGAUUUCAAACGCUCUUUGGCUUCCCCGUGACCCUACUCAACUGCUCGAUCUAGAUGACACAGUUGAUCUCCGGAUGUCGCUUACCAGUGAGCCUGGAGCAGGAAAACUCGGUGUAUGGGACAAUGAAGAACAAUUCCUCGAAACCUCCUUGUCAUCAGUCUUCGCUGCCAGUAUUGGAAGCCUAGACGAGGAUCUCUCAUACACUCCGCCAGUCAGACAACUUGAUGGUAGCGAAAUAAUCUCGUUGCCGUCUGGCAUUGCGUCGCGUGUCGAACAUAUUGACCGGGAAGAUGAUGUCGAGACCAUUAGACCUCAACGUAGACCAUCGGCCAUGGGUCGUCGCACGUCAAGCGGGACAAGCACGUCAUCUCGUCCUCUAAGUUUGCGCCGACCCACUACAAUCGAUACCGGAACGUCUACUCAAUUCAGAACGUUCUCUCUUGGCACGGAACCAACCAGUAGUUCGGAAAGACCUCCUUCCAGCUAUAAAUCAACCUCGGAUCGUCGUCGUCGAAAUCGCGCAGCCUCUGUGGAUUGCACAAUGUCAUUACGACCUGACAUGGUUCCAUCCAAUAGUGUUACUUCCAGAGGUACAUCGCGAUCUCUCCUUUCAGUGAUUGAACGACAGGUCCCAAUUGUCGUUCCGAAUGGACAAGCACUUGGCGCACCCAGUAUCAUAUCUACACGAGAAGCUGUUGUAGGCGAGGUGAUUGUAGAGGAGCAAGAAGCCGCGCAAGAACGCCUUCGUCAGGAAGAAGCAGAGGAGAAGGCCCGAGAACCCAGAUCACUGUGGACAUCCUGGAUAUUUGCUAGAAGGCAAUGAUUUGCCACUCGUCAUGACCGUUUCCACAUUUUCCCCGUCGGCCCAUCCGCUCAAUCACGAUAUGCCACGAUACCCUCCGCCUAACUUAUUCAAUAUAUCCCGGAUUCUAAUGCUUGCUUGUAACGACUUCGCUUUGAUGCUCCUCUCUUGUAUACCAGUUGUAUCAGUUUUACGAUCUACGUCGGUACUCUGUAUGUCCUUGGUUCUUCCGAACAAUGUCUCGUGAGCCUAUUCGCACCACUUUCCAAUUCGUUUCUUGAGAAGAAACAUGAUCUGAGUUGCUCACCAUUGUGA